AUGGCCGGUCUGCCUCCUGGUUGGGAGUGGGACUACGAUGGCCAACGCUGGUUCUACAAAUACAAGCCUACAGGACAGAUCCAAUACCAUUUCCCCUCCGAAGGCGAUGAGUUUCCGAAUUUUAUUGAGGCUGGCGCCCCAGCGCCAGACCUUGCACCCGAAGAACGACUUGAAUCUCAGCAGCAGGUCAAGAGGCAGACGAGUUCGGCAGGCAGCGGUGCCGGCGCUCGCUCGAAACGAGCACAUAUGACGAGCGCGAGCAAUGGCGACAUCAAUAAAUACGCCAUGUCCGCGACAGCUAAACCCGUCAGUGCGAUAUGGGAGGGAGACGAUGACGCCGAAGCUGAUGGCGUGUUUCAGCCAGAGAACUUCAUGUUUCUUGGCCCCGGGACCUACACCGACGUGAGCCCUUUAGCGGAGGAGGAAGAAGAGGCAGCUAAAAGGUCUGUUGUUGGAGCCAUUGGCGAAAGGGUCCAAGGCGGCGAAACUACGAGGACGACGGCAGCAGCAUCUGCUACAGGUGUUAGUCCUCCAGGGAGCAGCAAGACAACUCCUACGAUGGCAAAGAGUGAACCAUUGACAUCAUCAGCAGGGCCGGCGGAUGCAAGUAUCAGGCAAGGCCUUACCGUUGAAAACGCACCAGUUACGCAAAGUGUUCACAUUGUUCAGAGCGAGCCUCUCCCCUCCCAACCACCUGUUGAAGUCGAACCUACUGCCGUUGUUGCAGAGGCGUCUGACUCUUCAGUAAUUCACAUGAUCGACAGCCGUGAGAUGCCCGUGGAAAUGAUGGGAGACACAAUGCAUCGGUUCGAUCCCGUAGGGUUUGUUGCCGAGAUGCCCACAGAGCAUACGGCUGCGGCACAUAUUGAGCUGUACCCCGAACCCGUGGAGAUUGCGGACAAUACGGUUCUUGCGCCGGUCGAAACUGCAGCCGCAGCGGCUUCAGCAACGGCAAUAGCCGUAUUAACAGCCAAGAGCAGCCCGGUCGAGGGCAAGGAGGGCCCCGUUGUCAACACGCCAAAGGGACCCGAGGGGAUUCAGUCUACAGAUGGUGAGAGUAUUACAAGGGAGGAUGACACUAAAUUUACCGAACAGCAAGUGCCGGCAGACCAUGUUCCAUCACAUGGUCAACAAAGUACUCCCAGCGAUCAGCCAACUGCUCCUCUGGCCCAAGAUGCUGGUGCGUCGUAUGCAAACCAAGGUCCCAGACAAGGUCCUGGACAGUAUGGUCCUCAUUCAAAUCAACAUGGACAGGUUCAAUCCUCGAUCCCCAUCAAACUGAAGACGUUCAAGAUUGCAAGAAAACAACCAGGGAGUACGCCAGGUACACUGGUCGCACAGCAAUCUCAACAAUCGGAUUAUCAAGCAUAUAUGCCAGGCCAGACGACGACAACUGCACACUUGUCAAGCGAGAAAAGACAUAGUAUUGGACUACAGCGUGAGGCAUCUUUAAUGAUGAACAUGGAAAGAAACUCAAUCGGCAUAGACCCCAAUUCUGUUCCUCGUGUGCUGUCACCACCGCAGCAUCCGGUGCCAAAUGCGUCACGCGAGCCUCUAUCAACUCAAUUCACGAAACCAACGACUGAUAAAAAUAAAACUGAUAAUGUUGACAUGUCCCUGGCUCAUGCCCCAUCAGUACUGAAACUCGCACGGAAUAGGAAGUCGGUGCAGGAUUCCCUCCCUCAGCAACAGGUUCCAACGCCAGCCGCUGUUGCAACUCCUCCCGCUCAACCACAACCCGAUCCUCGGAGGUCCGAAGGAAUUUCCAAAUUCCCAUCUGUCCUUCGUCCAGCACGAGGAAGGUCAUCAAGCCAUCCAGGCCAGGCAAUUGCUAGUUCUGUUCGGCGACCGAACCAACAUACAGCGAUCUCACAAGACCAUCUGCCGCUCAGGGGCAGGGUGUAUCAAGUGAACAAUAACCAGACUACCAUUUCAACCCAGCAGCCCCUAUUCCAUCAUCCUUUGUGGGCUACAGCACAUGCGGAUCAGACAGCAAGGCCACCCAGUGCAAUGCCUAUUAUAAAUCAUGUUCCCUAUGGAUCUCAAUAUUCAGCUGCCGGUCUUGGUCUGGGUCUCAUUCCUCAAGGGAGUCAAUCCUCCCAACCGUCAUUAUCAGGGUGUCAGCCGCCAAAAUUUCAAAACCAGCCUUCACCACUACAACAUAUGCAGGAGGCAAUCGCUAGCCAACCUCGGCGACCCCAAACUGUCGUACCAACUAUUCAACCUGAUUCUGCCAACACUGCCAACGCUCCUAGUACUGUUCAGCCACAGCAACCAGUGUCGGUUCGACCUCUCCAGCAAAUCCAAGAUAUCGUAACAGAACAGUUAAAUCGACCUCAGAGCGUUCCAGCAGUUUUUCAGCCGCUGUGCAACAUCUCACCCUUGCAGCGCGAGUCAGUUGAUAGCCAAUUACAGGUCCAACCAGCACAACAAGUUCGAGAUGAAGAAGCAGGGCGACCUCAACCGCAGCCGCAACCGCAACAUAGGCCCUCAAUAUCACAGUCCCAGCUCACGCCGACACAACUUGGAAAAAAUGUGGCAGGCGAACAGCCCAAUCUACCUCAGAAUCUCCAAAUUGCCGCCAAUAUCGGCACGGCCGUUGAAACACAAUCGCUGCCGACCCAGCAGGAACCACAAAAGAAACUACCACCCUCACUCUUCCAAGUCCAGCCCCUUCAGCAGAUCCAGAAUGCAGAAGCUGGGCAACCCAGUCAACUGAAAAGUCUCCUGGCUCCUCUUGGCGUCGCGCAACGUGCUGGGGGUCAUUCCGCUCCUGCUCAGCAAGAAUCGUCUAUAGCAUCGCAGUUUCAAGUUCAGCCAUUAGAAGACACUCAAAAUGCGGCAUCUGGACAGAUUUCAAAGCCAAAAGACGAUUUGGGGACUUGGUAUUCUCCCACGAGUGAUACACGGACUGUUAGCGCUCAACAUGUUCGUAGUCAGCAACAACAGUGCCUGGUGUCGCACUUUCAAUCGCAAGAUUUUCAACAGGCGAAUAACGAAGCUGCUAGGCAACACGAGCAACCCUUGAAGCAAUCCCCAACAUGUCAGUUUCAAGAAUCUGCGUCAAAUCAAAUGCAGAACGACGCAGCACGGCAGCCUCCGAGGCCUCAAAGUGUAAUUGGAACUAUUCAACACAGCUCUCCCCCUAAACCUCCCAAAACCGCGCUCGCUCCAGACCCCAGUCAACCAGGCUCAGGUGAACCGACUCACCCUGGUAUGCGGCGAGCGUCUGUGUUUGCUUCUAGUGAGGUGUCCCCAGCUCGGACUCGUGAAGACAGCCUAGUCUCGACCCUGGGAUCACCGCUGCCCACGGAUUCAGCCCGACAUGGUUCAUCAAAUCCGACCAUAAACGAUCCGAAUUACACUCCUUCACCACUAACUGAUACGACUGGACCACUUGCACAAAAUGGCUGGACUCAAUCCAUCGCAUUGAGUCAACAGACCGGAAGUCCUCCCGUGCCUGCGAAAAUUCGAGAGCAUGCUGAAGGCUCCUUCUUCCCUGUUCAGAACACACCUGACGUGCAGGCAUCUCAGGAUAGCCCCCCAACACUGGAUAUGGCCAAGGAGCAGCAGCAAGAUACGCUAUCCCAACUCCAAACGCAGCCUCAAUUUGCACAGCAGGCUGAACAACAGCAAUCCCCGCAACUCAGUCAGUCAGCAGAACAAAAAGGUCCAGAAAAGCGACUACCCCAAAAGCCAGCACAAGAUACCGAGCAUCCUAUCGGAUAUCAAGUCAAACCUCUUGCGAGCCGGUCUAGCCAAUCCCCGAAUGAUCAGCAAACUGUCCUUACGCCAGGGUCAGGACAUAUACUUGGUCGGAUCGAGGAGCGUGAUGAAAGCGAACAAGGUCCCAAAAUCGACCAGACACAGCAAGUCGCGCGGCCGAGCUCCAUGUCUUCUAGUAUUCAGGGCAAAUGCGUCCGGGACAAGUGCUUCAAGGUCAAGGUUCCGGCCAAAUUCCGCCUGUUCAGAUGCAUCCGCGUCAACAGCUACCUGGUCAGGCACUACCUGGACAAAUACCUUCAGGGCGAGGUUACUUUGGGCGGGCUCAUCCGCUCCAAUUGGCAGCGAAUCCUCCCUUGCAAGGCUUUACAUCGUCACAACCUCAUUCUCAACACCAGGGCCGAGUGGGAAUGGCAACUCAAGGAUCGUCAAAUCCAAACCAGUCACACGUGGGCCAUUCUAGGUCACCCUCGACUUCUUAUUGCUCACGUGACAGCGCGUAAUGGCGCGACAUGGGCGAUUGUGAAGUCCAAGUCGAGUUACUUGGUGCCUCGCUUUGAAUUUGUUAAGAAUGCGCUCCGAAUCGGCGCAAUGACGAUAUUCCCGUCUGCUGCACGGGCUGACAAGGCCGCGUUGGAGGGGAGAAAUGAGUCACAAGACAGCCAGGCCAUUCUCGAUGCCAUGAAGGCAGAAUUCGGAGUCGGCACGGUACGUACCACUCGCAGUGAAUUUGAGCCUCGAUUCCUAACAAUACUCGGUACCGAAGCUGAGCAGUUCACCGCCGAGAAACGGAGCCCAGGCACGUCCAUAUUGAACCUUUGCGAUGUCACUUUAUGA